AUGACGGCCGGACUCAAGACCAUUAUUGCGCUCUCCUUCGUCCUUGCUAUUGGCUUCCUUCUUGUCAUUCUCUCUUCUGCCCUGUGGCACAACUUCCUACCAUUGAUUGUCGUUGCAACCUACGUUGUUGCGCCCCUACCCAACUGGAUCUGUUCGCGAUGUGCCAAUCCGGAUGAUUUCAUGGACAGUUCUGGCAAUGCAGCUGCCGAUUUUGGUCGUUUCUUGACGGGCUUCCUAGUUCUGAUGGGAAUCGCCCUUCCCGCAGUGUUGGCACAUAGCGGAGCCAUCGAGGUUCCUGCGAUGAUCAUGUCUAUUCUUGGGGGUCUUUUGAUUUAUGGAACGAUCAUCAGUUUCUCAAUGUUUUUCCAAGAACAGGAGGAGUUUUAA